AGAGGCUGACGGAGCCCGGCUCGCCGGGGCGCCGCUGCCGAGGCAGGGUUGAGGUGCUGGGGCUGGGUGGCGGCCGGGGGCCUGAGUGGGGCCCCGCGGAGGUCGCAGGGGCUGGGCGGCGGAAUGAUGGAGGAGGAGGAGCUGGAGUUCGUGGAGGAGCUGGAAGCGGUGCUGCAGCUCACGCCCGAGGUGCAGCUGGCCAUCGAGCAGGUAUUUCCAAGCCAGGACCCUCUAGAUCGAGCAGAUUUUAAUGCUGUCGAGUAUAUCAAUACCCUGUUCCCAACAGAGCAAGAGACUGGACGACAAUAUUCGAACUGUUGUAAGAGGUCAGACGAAUGUGGGGCAGGAUGGACGGCAAGCACUUGAAGAGGCUCAGAAAGCUAUCCAGCAACUCUUUGGCAAAAUCAAAGAUAUCAAAGACAAAGCUGAAAAAUCAGAGCAAAUGGUGAAAGAAAUCACCCGUGAUAUUAAGCAGUUAGAUCAUGCGAAACGCCACCUGACCACCUCGAUCACAACACUGAACCACCUGCACAUGUUGGCAGGAGGCGUCGAUUCCCUCGAAGCCAUGACCAGGCGAAGACAAUAUGGAGAAGUUGCUAAUCUCCUUCAGGGUGUAAUGAAUGUCCUGGAGCACUUCCACAAGUACAUGGGGAUUCCACAGAUCCGGCAGCUUUCUGAAAGAGUGAAGGCUGCGCAGACUGAGUUAGGACAGCAAAUCCUGGCCGAUUUUGAAGAAGCAUUUCCUUCCCAGGGCACUAAGAGACCGGGAGGACCCAGCAAUGUUCUACGAGAUGCGUGUCUGGUUGCUAAUAUUCUGGACCCCAGAAUCAAGCAGGAGAUCAUGAAAAAGUUUAUUAAACAGCAUCUGUCAGAGUAUCUAGUACUUUUUCAGGAAAACCAAGAUGUUGCCUGGCUGGACAAAAUCGACAGACGCUACGCCUGGAUAAAACGCCAGCUUGUGGACUAUGAGGAGAAAUACGGCCGCAUGUUUCCACGUGAGUGGUACAUGGCUGAGAGGAUUGCAAUAGAAUUUUGCCAUGUAACAAGGACAGAACUUGCCAAGAUUAUGCGGACCAGAGCAAAGGAGAUUGAAGUGAAGUUGCUUCUUUUUGCUAUUCAGAGAACAACUAACUUUGAGGGGUUUCUUGCAAAACGCUUCUCCGGCUGCACCCUGACAGAUGGGACCCUGGUAAGACCUUCCCAAGGGAGUCUGCAACAUGAAAAAAAGCUUGAGUCUCCACCCACUUCUACCAAUCCCUUCCUGGAAGAUGAGCCAACACCAGAGAUGGAGGAACUGGCAACGGAGAAAGGAGAUUUAGAUCAACCAAAGAAGCCCAAAGCCCCAGACAAUCCAUUUCAUGGCAUCGUUUCCAAGUGCUUCGAGCCUCAUCUCUAUGUGUACAUCGAAUCCCAGGAUAAGAACCUCGGAGAGCUGAUAGAUCGGUUUGUGGCUGAUUUCAAAGCCCAGGGGCCCCCUAAGCCCAACACUGAUGAAGGGGGUGCUGUGCUCCCCAGCUGUGCCGACCUCUUUGUCUAUUACAAGAAGUGCAUGGUGCAGUGCUCCCAGCUCAGCACUGGGGAGCCGAUGAUCGCCCUGACCACCAUUUUCCAGAAGUACCUCCGAGAAUAUGCCUGGAAAAUCCUCUCUGGCAACCUGCCCAAAACCACAACCAGCAGUGGAGGGCUAACCAUCAGCAGCCUCCUCAAGGAAAAGGAGGGCUCAGAAGUAGCCAAGUUCACUCUGGAGGAGCUCUGCCUCAUCUGCAGCAUCCUGAGCACAGCAGAGUAUUGUCUGGCCACCACUCAGCAGCUGGAAGAAAAACUCAAAGAAAAAGUGGAUAUAAGUUUGAUUGAGCGAAUCAAUCUGACUGGAGAGAUGGACACAUUUAGCACCGUCAUCUCCAGUAGUAUUCAGCUGCUGGUUCAGGAUCUGGAUGCUGCCUGUGAUCCUGCCCUGACCGCCAUGAGCAAGAUGCAGUGGCAGAAUGUGGAGCAUGUCGGUGACCAGAGCCCCUACGUCACCUCUGUCAUCCUUCACAUCAAGCAGAACGUGCCCAUCAUCCGUGACAACCUGGCUUCCACACGGAAGUACUUCACUCAGUUCUGCAUCAAAUUUGCAAACUCCUUCAUUCCCAAAUUCAUCACCCACCUCUUCAAGUGCAAGCCGAUUAGCAUGGUGGGAGCGGAACAGCUGCUGCUGGACACCCACUCCCUGAAGAUGGUCCUGCUUGAUCUCCCCUCCAUCGGCUCUCAGGUGGUGAGGAAGGCGCCCGCCAGCUACACUAAGAUCGUUGUCAAAGGCAUGACCCGGGCGGAGAUGAUCCUCAAGGUGGUGAUGGCCCCUCAUGAGCCGCUGGUGGUGUUCGUCGACAACUACAUCAAACUCCUCACAGACUGUAACACGGAAACCUUCCAGAAGAUCCUGGACAUGAAGGGGCUGAAGAGGAGCGAGCAGAGCAGCAUGCUGGAACUCCUGCGCCAGCGGCUCCCUGCACCGCCCUCCGGGGCGGAAAGCACCGGCUCCCUGUCCCUGAUGGCGCCAACGCCAGAGCAGGAGUCGUCUCGCAUCCGCAAACUUGAGAAACUCAUUAAAAAGAGACUGUAGCAGCA